UAAUCUCUUCUAUUAGCACCUUUCGUCCAGGGAUCGCAAAGAGCUUUACCAACAGACAUGGAGAUGGGAACGCAGGCACCUGUAGGCCGGGAUGUGGCAGCUGUCUAACAGGACGCAGCAGGGGGCAGAAUGUAAUAGCCAGAGGUGGCACUUGGCCGGGACAGCCAGGCUAACACCCAGCACCGUACCUAGAAGUGCCUGGGAUCUUUUGUGGCCACAAGUGGCCAGGAGCUCGGCUUUCCCCCAUUCAGAAGAGAGCAGCCUUGGAACCGUGGAGGUGCUUUGCCUUCAGCACUGCCCCACAGGGAGCAGCAGCGAUGAGGGGAGCACGGUGGUCAGGAAGGAGAGGCGGCGGGAAGCCCACAACCCCAUGAUCCAGAAGACCAGGAAAAGCGGUAAAGAGAAGACCGCGUAUGGGGCAAGCAGCAGUGACGAUGAGGAGAAGUCGCAAGGAAUCGGGGUGGCUUACAAAUCAACGAGAUCAGCGAAACCUGUAGGUCCGGAGGACAUGGGAGCGACGGCCGUGUACGAGCUGGACACUGAGAAGGAGAGAGAUGCCCAGGCCAUCUUUGAGCGCAGCCAGAAAAUCCAGGAGGAGCUACGAGGGAAGGAGGAUGAUAAAAUUUACCGGGGGAUCAAUAACUAUCAGAAGUACGUGAAGCCCAAAGAUAUGUCGAUGGGGAACGCCUCCUCAGGGAUGGUCAGGAAAGGCCCCAUCCGAGCGCCGGAGCACCUGAGGGCCACCGUGCGGUGGGACUAUCAGCCCGACAUCUGUAAAGACUACAAGGAAACGGGCUUCUGCGGCUUUGGAGACAGCUGUAAGUUCCUCCACGACCGCUCGGACUAUAAACACGGCUGGCAGAUUGAACGGGAACUGGACGAAGGACGCUACGGAGUCAACGACGAGGAAAACUAUGAAGUGAGCAGCGGUGACGAGGACCUGCCCUUCAAGUGUUUCAUCUGCAGAAGCUCCUUCAAGAACCCUGUGGUUACCAAGUGCAGACACUACUUCUGCGAGAGCUGCGCCCUGGAGCACUACCGCAAAUCCAAGCGCUGCUACGUGUGCGACCAGCAAACCAGUGGUGUCUUCAACCCAGCCAAAGAGCUAAUGGCAAAGCUAGAAAAGCACAAGGGUGAGGAGUCGGAUCCCUCGGAGCAUGGAGAUGAGCCACAGUAGCACAACUCUCUCCCCUGUUCUCCCUCCCACCCCCACCCCUAAGCUUUUGUAAUAUCCCAAUAAACAUUUAUAGAAAA